AUGCAGGCACCCAGCGUCCUUCUUCCUGCAAAAGGCAGCAACACUGCUGCUUCUCCACCUUCUCCACCAGCAGCAGGAGGACCUGAGACCCACCUCGUUUCCUCUCGAGUGGCUGCCCCAGGAGAAGUGCCUGCCCGUCGUCUGCGUUUGUCUGAGGUGGAUGAGGCUCACAGGGCCCGCAGCCCCUCUCGCCGCCCCGGUUAUUGUGUAGAUGAGCUCUGCACGUGCGGACAGCACAAGUGCAUUCCCUCGAGGCCGUCUGUUCCCUUUGAGGGAAACUCGGUGUACAGACAGGAAUACGGACCUAAACCGCUACCCGCACCGGUGCAGCAGGCGCCAGUGACGCUGCCUCCUUCUCUUCCUUUUGAAGGCGAGAGCAGCUACAGAACAGAGUAUGGGCCCAAGCCCCUCCCUCCCCCUCCCAAGACCUCCUCUGUUACGAUGCCUGCCUCUCUUCCUUUUGAAGCAACAACAGCUUACCGCACUGACUACGGGCCCAAGCCCCUUCCUCCCCCCAUAAAACCCGCGGAAAUUCAAGCGCAGCCCUCACUGCCUUUCGAAGCCAGCUCCUCUUACAGAUCGGACUACUGCGCGAAGCCGUUGCCUGAACGGACGCCUGUGGAAGCACCCCCGACUCCAGUGUCGCUCCCUUUUAGAGGAACGAGUGCGUACAGAGAAGAAUUCGGACCCAAGCCUUUGCCUCCGCCUGUGGCCCCUCAGAAGGUGGAGUUACCUCAGUCGCUGCCUUUUGAAGGAGAAAGCAUUUACCGCUCCGAGUUCUACCACAAACAGACCCCCAAGUGCCAGGUCGCCAGACUGCCUCCCUACCCACAACCCGAAUUUCCCAAUAAUCACGUCUUCUGGGAUAAAGACGAAAAGACUUGGUACUGA